CAGUGUGGUUCCGAUCGUUGCGAAGGAAAGAUGUCGGCCGUGGUGGUCUUCGCGGUUUUCCUCUUGAUCUUCACCAUCCUCAAAUUCCUCAAUGUCACCAGCCCUCCAAGACCACCAAAGCUCAUGUGCAGUGACUCCAAGUUCCUCGAACUCAUCCUGAAGUACUGCCCCCAGCUGAACGAGACGUAUGUGCCAGUGAGAUUAUGGGGCAGCAGUGGCCAUCUUCAGACUAUUGUACACGCGACUGUAGGAAGGACCUACUGCCCAACUGUCAUGGCCAAGAGGUUUGCUGCCCGACAGGAAGAUGGAGCCACUGUGACUUGGGAUGUUUAUGAACCCACAGGGCCAUCACAGUUUGACGAGGACAUGACCAUCGCUGUGUGUCCUGGCAUCGCAAACAGCAGUGAGAGCACCUAUGUCAGAUCGCUGGUGUCACUCGCUUGCUCACAGGGCUACCGCUGCAUUGUGCUUAACCACCUGGGAGUUCUGCCACACGUCAAGAUCACGAGUCCCAGAGUGUUUCGCUAUGGCCAGACUGAUGAGUUCCACCUGAUGCUGAUGAAGUACCUGGAAGUCCAUCCGGACACCAAGCUCCUGUUGGUGGGCUUCAGUAUGGGGGGAAACAUCGUCACAAAAUAUCUAGGGGAGCCAGGUAGAGCCAGGCCAGGUAACAUUGUAGGAGCCAUCUCCAUCUGCCAGGGAUAUGAUGCCGUAAAGAGUCUAAAGUACCUCCUUGAGUGGCACAACCUAGCCCGCAUCUACCUGUUCUCCAUGACUGAGAACAUGCGCUCCGUUAUCAUACGCCACAAGGAGGCCCUCUUCACUGACGAGGUUAAGCGGAAAUGUAACAUUGAGGAGCGGCGAGUCCUUUCAGCCGCCACCUUACCAGAGCUUGACGAAGUAUACACCAGGCGCAUCUUUGGGUUCAGGAGUGUGGAGGAGCUGUACCGCAACGACAGCUCAGCCAGCUACAUGCACAACAUCCACAUUCCAAUUGUGUUUAUUAAUGCUCGUGAUGAUCCCUUGGUCCACCCUGACUUGUUAGGCAUACCAGAGGCAUUUGUCAAGACUCAUAGUAACUCACUCUACAUAGAAACAGACCAUGGAGGCCACCUGGGUUACUAUGAUGGCGGAUAUGUUAUGCCCCAAGCAGUCACAUGGCUCGACAGAACAGUUGUAUCCCUUGUCACAGCGCUGGCAAACAACCAGUAGGGUUGCAGGUGGUAGUAUAUUUUUGAAAGUGUUCUAGAACCUUCAUGAUGAAGGACAGUUCCACAAAUUUAUAUGUGUGCAUGUAUGUGUGUAGAAGCCAUGCAGGUCAAUAUAUAUAUAUACAUGAAUCUGUUUGCAUACACACAGUAUAUUAUGUAUUGCUCUCUAUCAUGUGUCUCCCAGAUGAUAUAAACUACGGAUUAGAUUAAAAAUAAUAGAAAACAGAUGAAGGUGUGAUUAAGUAUAUAAUUUGUAAUGAUUAGUUGUUAGUCCAGCUACCUAGUGAAAAGAUAUUGUUAUAAAUGUUUGGGACAGUGUGCGCAAAUAUUUGAUAUAAAUGUGAUAUUGUAGCACAAUUUCUGCUCAACUUUGGACAAUAAUAAGAUAUAGAUAGGAUACUAAGAUAGAUUUUAUAUAAUUUUAUUUACUUUAGUCCUAUUAAAAAAAAAAAAAAAAAUUAUGAACUCA